AAAGUUGAUUUCACCUUCCACUCCAACGAACCAACGCCUCUCAGAAUCAGUUCCAAGUCUUUUUCUUUUUUCAAAAACAUAAUCUCUCUCGGCGAACGUUACGUGUACGUGUGGAAGAACCGACGGUGGUUUAGCUAGGGCUUCUACAUCUUACGGCGAAGAUCCCGUCGCCAUGCACGUUACAAGGAGAAUCUCCGACGUUGAUCGCCGUCUUCUCCUCGUCCUCGCGAUCCCUUGUCUCUCCCUCCUCCUCCUACUCUCUCUAUCAACCCUCACACUUGAUCCUCCUGCCACUCUCGCGCCUCUCCGUAACCUAAUCUACACUCAUACCCUAACCGCCACCACUGAAAACACCGGUUCUGACCCUCGCGACGUAACUCCGCCGGAGGAGGUUGAAAACUCACGGCGGGGGAAGAGGGAUGAGUUGGUGAAGUCGAAGAUGGCGGUGUGUUUGGUUGGAGGAGCGAGGCGGUUCGAGUUAACCGGACCGUCGAUUAUCGAGAAGAUCCUUAAGGUUUAUCCUAAUGCUGAUUUGUUCCUGAAUAGUCCUCUCGAUCACAACUCGUUCAAGCUACGGCUGCUUAAAGACUCGCCGAGGCUCGCGUGGGUUCGUAUCUUCGAGCCUAAACCGAUCAACGAGACUGAGUCUAUGGUUCGAGUCCUCACACCCAUGAAUUCGCCUAAUGGCAUUCAGGGCUUAUUACAAUACUUCAAUCUCGUAGAAGGUUGCAUCACGAUGAUAAAGGCAUACCAAAACGAGAACAACUUCACAUACGACUGGAUUGUCCGGACCCGUGUCGACGGUUACUGGUCUGACCCACUCGACCCCGAGUACUUCAAACCUGGUCAGUACCUAGUCCCACCUGGUUCCUCUUACGGCGGCCUCAACGACCGCUUUGGGGUCGGCGAUCUCAACACCUCAACGGUGGCUCUCUCUCGCCUCUCUCUCAUCCCCGACCUAGAAUCCGCCGGCUUAACUAGUCUCAACUCCGAGUCCGCCUUCAAGGCUCAGCUCUCAACUCACCGUGUCCCUUACGUAACCAAACCCCUCCCUUUCUGCAUCAUGACUGACCGAACCUACGAGUUCCCUCCGUCUAGCUACGGAGUCCCCGUGGCUUCACUCUCUAGCCGCGGACCGUUGAACGGUGCCAAGUGCCGUCCGUGCACGGCCGCGUGCAGCGGAUCUUGCGUGGCGGAAGUAAUGGGAAAGCUCGACAGAGGGUGGAGCUGGACGGAGUGGGAAAACGGGACGUUGAAGCUGUGCGACGCACAUGGAGAGUGGGAGGAAGGUUGGGAGAAUAUAUUUGAUGGAUUUUCCGGCGAAAAACUCGCACGUGCGAGGAAGCGUGGCGGAGGUUUGGAGUCGAGGAGGUGUGUGGAAGAGUUUGAAGAGAUGAGAGGUGUGACGGUUAAGUGGGAAGCUCCCGCGCCCGAACAGAUCUGCAUGUUGGGCCUUAAGCCUAAAUAGAACAUAUCUUUUUAGGUCAAACUAAAUUUGCUCACACAUUUUCCCAAGCUUUAGUUGUUUUCACGGAUUCUAUUUUGGAAAAUAUGUUCAGAUUAA